AUGGCCGAUACCGCAUCGAAGGAGGUCUGGCAGGAAUUUUUCGUCCAACAUGACUCUCUUGUAUCCCUCCUUGACAGCCAUGCCGCCGUCCUCGUUGAAUUACGACAUCGUUACGCUGGGAGCAGCGAGGCCGUGGAAGCACUCACGACACGACUACUCAGCACAGAAACCCUACUUGCAGGGUUCAAAUCGUCUACAGAAGCAUUAAGAUCAAUCACCGAUCAAGACGACUUCGAGUCGACGGAUGCUGCUAGUGGUCGACACGCUCCUUUGCCCACUGCCACACCCAUGGUCGACUCUAGCGGGCUGUUUUCAUUCGAUGCGAAUCCGUCGAUUGUCAGUGACUUGCUCAAGGGUAACACAACUCCCAAGCGCAAACUGCAGGCCGAUGGAGAUACGGACCUUGAACAUGAGCGCAAGAAGCCAAAACCGAAUGGUCAAUUUCAGCAAGAAUCCUCGGAAGAGGAAGACUCUUUUGUACGGGGAGUUGAGGCUCGAGUUCAAGCAAAAGCAAACCGAAAGAAGGACAGAACAGAAAAGAAGCGGAAAAGGCAGAGUGACGGCUCUACAUCCGGGGGAAAGAAAAGCCAUCAGAACAAGAGACAGAAGCAGGAAGGCAAGCCAUCUGGGAACAAGCCUCUAGAAACCAGACAGAACAACAAUGGCAAGAGGCCACAAGCAUCGUCGAAAAGCAGUAUGCGCGGCAACAAGACUCACAAAAAACGGAAGAGGUGA